UCAUAGUAGUAGUACCCAAUUUUAUUAUCUCUCCAACUCAUAGUGGGGCUCUAUUCUUGCAAAGUUGACAGCUUCUCCUUCUCCUGGCCACCGGUGGAGCCGAUCACCCCGUCCACCUAACCCGCCAUUGUCGUCUCCUUGCCACUUUCCUCUGCCUCCCGACUCCAGCUCAUCGGCAUCCUCCUCUGUCUCUGGAUUGAUCCACGGAGCUCCCAUGAUUCCUUGGUGAUGGUCCGCGAGUUGCUGGCCGUGCUGGUGCGCGCGGCGCUGCAGUGGGCGCUGGCGUCGCUGCUCCUCGCCAACGGCGCCGCCUUCUGCCUCAUCGCCGCCGCGGCCUCGUCGCUCCGGCUCGGCCCGCCCUGCCUCCUCUGCGCACGCGUCCACCGCCUGCUCUGCUCCGACUGCGGCCAAGAAGAACAAGACGCCUUCCGCCGCCUGCUCUGCGACGCUCACUUCGCCGCCAUCGCGCGCUUAGGCGCACAAGAAACAGAGCAGCCGGCGUGCUCUGCUUCUCAUCACGUCGACGCAGGGACGAAACCUGAUUCAGAUAAACCUGGAGGUCUAGAAUCUCACCGGGUCGUCUCCAUCGGCAGCGAGAUCUGCGAGCAAGAUCGUGGCGCCGACGAUGUUCAACCCCGUGGCACCAACCUCAGCGCCCUCGGAAGAACGUCGAGCACCGACAGCGGCGAAGGCCCAUACGUGUCCCUAUUCGAGCUCGCUCCCCUCGUCGCCCUCCCGGAAGACACCCCGCUCACCAGACACGGGACGACGAAGCCGGAGCACGGGAGCGCGUCCCCGAGCGCCGCGGAAGGCGGCGAGCAGGCGCUGACGGUGAGCGGCCUCGUCGCCGCCCUCCACGCUCAGCGGCGGGAGCUGGAGGAGGCGCGCGCGGAGCUGCGCGGCGAGCGGCGCGCCAGGGCGGAGCUGGAGGAGCAGGGCGAGCUGGACCGGGAGGCGGCGCGGGUGGCCAUGCAGCUCGUGCACGAGACGGAGACGGAGAAGCACGAGCUGCAGCGGCAGCUCGACGCGUUCAGGGUCAGGGCCCAGCUCCACGGCCACGAGGCCGCCGCCGCCUCCUUGGACACGGACUACUCUGCUUCUGCUCUGGCCAGCCGGCUCGGGCGCCGGCUGAGCCGCGACGGUGACGGUGAGUUGAUGGAGCAGGAAGACGAGGCGGGCUGGAGCGGGGACAAGAACUACCAGUCGCUGGUGGACUUCCUGCCGGGCUCGGUCUACUCCUCGUCGCCGGACCUGGCCAACCUGCUGAGGCUCUACACGGAAGGCAAUGGCAAUGGCGCUCGUCGGCCGAAAGAGGGUGAUAUCACCGAGGAGGAGGAGGGGGAAGAGGAGGUCGUCGUCGCCGUCACGGCCGCGGCUGUCUCUGGUUUCGACGGCGGGGACAGUGAGGAGGCCACUAGCAUGGCUGCUGCUGCUGGUGCUUCUUUGCCAGAAAGUGGUAGCGACCACGUCGGAGCAGAUCUUGCACAAGACGAAGCAUCCGUAAUGCGUGCAUGAUGUAUCGCGUCGCACCACCACCGUGAUUGAUUUCUUUUCCAUUUAACCGCCAUUCUUUUUAUAUUAUUUGUUGUACAGAGCUUCGUAUAUACUCCCUCUGUAAACUAAUAUAAGAGUGCUUAGAUAACUAAAAUAGUGAUCUAAAUGCUCUUAUAUUAGUUUACGGAGGGAGUACUAUAUACAGUAUUUUGGAUCGUCCGAGCAAAGCAUGAGAGAAGUCUUUUGGUCAUUUUGUCAAACACCUCAUGUGCAUCGGAGGCUACACAAGAGGGUUGGCUCGGUGCCGCUCGUUGUAUCCCACACAAUGGAAUCAAAUGAAAUACAAAAUUGCUUUCCGACGUCAAUUCGUCACA